UUUCGAGGUUAUCUCCGAGAAAUGGCGCAGCGUUCAAUAACGUUAUUCUUCAAGAAAACGGUCACGUCAGAGGCGCAGAAGGAAUCCCCCAGCAUCGUUGACGAGACGAAGGAGAAAAAUGGAAAUGUGCCCUCCGAGGGGAAGAGAAAGCGAGUGAAUGGGAGUAGCAGCAGCAGUAGCACAAAUGAAUCACCACCAACGAAAAAGCCCUCUAGCAUCGGCAAGUCUAAAAAACCAAAGGUCCCGGCUGUGGAGAAGUCCAACAGCACUCAGAGUACACUCUCCUUCUUGAAAGAACCAGCGAGGGUCGCCCCCCAGGUGAAAACACCUCUGGAGAGCUAUGGCGGGGACCUCAAGAAGAAACCUGGAAAGAAGAGGUCGAGAAUUAUCCAGGAAGAUUCCAGUGAUGAUGAGCCACAUCUUCCCCUACCCGACAGCCCAGUAAAGUCUCAAAAAAAAAACUCCAGUCCCCCAGACGUGAAGAAAUCCUCAAAGAUCGUGUCAUCGGGUUCUGAAUCAGAGACAGUAGAAGACAAAAAGCCCCCGGAAGUUAAAAAAACUCAGCAGAUAGCCAGUAUUUUCGCGCAGCAAUCUCAGAAGUCUCAGAAGCCUUCCCCGAAAAAAUUCAAAACAUUAGGCUCUGAAUCAGGCUCUGAAGAAGCUGAUAAUAACCCAACAGCUACGAAAUCUCCGGAUAAAGUUCCCUCGAAGGAUAUCCGGGGCUUCUUCAGCGGCAAACCUCAAACUACGAAGACAAAUGAUAAAAAGGAGACGAACAGUCACUCGUACGAUCCCAGUGCUGACAAGUACCACCCGAUAGAGUCAGCCUGCUGGAAGAGAGGGGAGAAGGUCCCCUAUAUCGCCCUGACGAGAACUCUGGAGCUCAUCGAGAAGACGAGUGCCAGACUGAAGAUGGUGGAGAUUCUCGGGAAUUUUUUCAGAUCGGUGAUUGUUCUCAGCCCAGAGGAUCUUCUCGCGAGUGUCUACUUGUGCCUGAAUCAACUGGCACCAGCGUACGAGGGUGUUGAGCUGGGGAUUGCUGAGACAACUCUGAUAAAAGCUAUUGCUCAAUGUACGGGACGAACGAUGGCGCAGAUAAAGGCCGACGCCCAGGAGGUCGGCGAUCUGGGAAUUGUUGCCGAGGGCAGUCGCUCUAACCAGAGAAUCAUGUUUCAGCCUGCACCACUGAUGGUCCCCAACGUAUUCACGAAACUCCGGGACAUUGCCCAGAUGACUGGCACCUCCUCAGUCGGCAAAAAAGUCGACAGAAUUCAGAGUUUAUUCGUCGCCUGUCGAUUCACCGAGGCCAGAUAUCUCAUCAGAUCUCUCGCUGGAAAAUUGAGGAUUGGCCUUGCUGAGCAGUCAGUACUCCAGGCACUCGCUCUUGCCUGCACCCUGACACCUCCCAACCAGGAGUACCCUCCACCCAUUCUCAAUAUCAGUAAAAAACUCUCCGCGGACACUUUCAAGCAGAAUUAUGAGGAAAUUGCUUUGAUAAUUAAAACAACGUACUGCGAGUGCCCCAAUUACGAUCUGAUAAUUCCAGUUCUCUUGAGGGACGGCGUUAAAGCACUUCCGGAAAAAUGCAAGCUACGUCCUGGAAUUCCCCUGAAACCCAUGCUGGCACAUCCUACGAAGGGUGUGCAGGAGGUGCUCACCAGAUUCGAGGGGCACAAAUUUACGUGCGAGUGGAAAUACGAUGGAGAGCGUGCACAGAUACACGUGGACGAGAGUGGUGUCGUGUCGAUUUAUUCGAGAAACCAGGAGAACAACACCAGCAAGUAUCCUGAUAUAAUAGGUAGGCUCAAAUCAGCUGUGAAAAAAUCAGUGAAGAGCUGCAUUCUGGAUUGCGAGGCAGUUGCCUGGGACAGGGAGAAAAAGCAGAUACUUCCCUUUCAGAUCCUAAGUACGAGAAAGAGAAAGGAUGCCAACGAGGCGGAUAUCAAGGUCCAGGUGUGUGUAUUCAUGUUUGAUCUUCUAUAUCUGAAUGGCGAGGCCCUGGUUACCCAUCCAUUUGUUAAAAGGCGAGAGCUCCUGAAGGAGCACUUCAACGAGCUCGAGGGUGAGUGGAGAUUCGCCACGAGCCUCGACACGACCAAAAUCGAGGAGGUCCAGGAAUUUCUCGAGGAGUCUGUCAAGGGCAACUGCGAGGGCCUCAUGGUGAAGACCCUCGAGGAGGAUGCCACCUAUGAGAUUGCCAAGAGAUCGAGAAAUUGGUUAAAGCUCAAAAAGGAUUAUUUAGAAGGGGUUGGAGAUACUCUCGAUGUCGUUGUCAUUGGGGGAUACUUGGGGAGGGGUAAGAGGACCGGUACCUACGGUGGAUUUUUAUUGGCUUGUUACGAUCCUGAUAAUGAGGAGUACCAGAGUCUCUGCAAAAUUGGCACUGGAUUCAGUGAGGAAGAUCUUGCUAAGCACACGAGCCUGCUCAAGGAGCACGUGGUGCCCCAGGCGAAGAGCUACUACAGGUACGACAGCAGUCACGAGCCCGACCACUGGUUCGAGCCCAUUCAGGUGUGGGAGAUAAAGUGCGCAGAUUUAUCACUCUCCCCUGUUCAUCGAGCAGCCGCUGGCAUCGUCGAUCCUGUCAAAGGCAUAUCCCUGAGAUUCCCUAGGUUCAUCAGGGUGAGAGAGGACAAGAAUGUCGAGGACGCCACAUCGGCCCAGCAAGUUGCAGAAAUGUACAAAAAUCAAGAGCAAAUUGUCAAUCAACAAGCAACUGUCAAUGAAGAGGAUUUUUAUUAAUAGUUCCUCCCUUUUUUUUUUUUCUUUUCUCUUUUCCAACGACUUCACAGUAU